AACCGCUGUUCCAUUAUCCAUAUGCAUGGAAGCAAAUUCGAUACUAAACCGACCAUUCCACGAGCUACAAAUUCACGGUAGUUUAGAGCAUCUGCGUUCAGCGCUAAUUAUAACUCUGGGAUUCAAUUUCACAGAAGGGGCAGAUGUUUUUUUUUGUCCCCCUUCCGUUGAAGCUGAUCCGGCGUUGGAUGUAUAUUGUAUUAUACGUCAGUUUGAAGCUGAAAGUUGUGUUGCUGACCACGAGAUACCACUCCAGGAUAAUAAUCCGAUGAAAACAGAAGUCUUUCCGAUAGUGCAGAUUAUCAACUAGAUUCAACGGUCAUUCGCUACUGACGCAUCACAUUUUUAUCGAAUCUGAAAAAUUUAUAAUCGCAUCGCAAGACCGAUAAAACACAGUUAUUGCAAUGAAUUCCGGCUCCGGGAUCAUAAAUCGAUAAUUGUGUUAUCCAUCAACUCGUGUCACAUUUCAAUAUCUGCCAAAUCACAUCGUCAAAACAUAGAAAUCCCUCAGGAUGAUUCUCAAAUUUUUUGUCCUGCUGGUGUUCGGGUACACGGAGUCCUAUUUCACCAUCAAAAAGCCUGACUCUUGUGCGUCAGUCCUCUCGGCCCACCUAAUAAGUGAAAUCGAUAAUUAUCAGCCAGUAGUAAACAGAAUUAUUGAUGCAGCGGUGAAUGGUAGCUUCAAAGGUAGAACAUGGAACGAGUUGGCAGAAUUUGUCGAUGAUUUUGGUCCAAGAUUUACGGGCACUGAGACACUAGAGCGUGCGAUAGACUAUGUUCUUGAUAGAUCAAAGACGCUGGGGCUUGAGAAUGUCCAUGGGGAGGCGGCCCCCGUCCCUCGUUGGAUCAGAGGAAAAGAGUCCGCGACCCUCCUAUCACCCCGUAAGAAAGACCUUCGAAUGUUGGGACUGGGUUACAGCGUUGGAACUCCAAACGAUGGCAUAACGGCGGAUGCCAUUGUCGUUAAAAGUUUCGCUGAGCUGAAAAGACGAGCUGACGAGGUGCCCGGAAAAAUAGUAGUUUACAAUCAGGACUUUGUGUCCUACGGGAAAACCGUGAUCUAUCGAUCGUCAGGGGCUAGCAAAGCCGCAAAACUCGGGGCUGUUGCUACCCUGAUCAGAUCAAUUACUCCGUUCUCUAUUUAUUCGCCGCAUACCGGGAUGAUGGAUUAUGAGGUGAAUGUUACGAGAAUUCCAGCAGCUUGCAUCACCGUUGAAGACGCCGAAUUGCUGGGUAGACUGGCGGCCAGAGGCAAAACAAUCAGCAUUCUACUAAAGAUGGAAGCGCACCAAUUGCCGAACGUUGAAUCUCGAAACGUAAUCGCGGAGAUAGUCGGCAGCACCAAACCAAACAAAACAGUAGUUGUAUCGGGUCAUAUUGACAGUUGGGACGUUGGCCAGGGUGCAAUGGACGACGGUGCUGGUGCUUUUGUCUCCUGGAAUUCAUUGUUACUCCUAAAAGCCCUAAAUCUUCGUCCUAAGAGAACUGUAAGGGCCAUCAUGUGGACGGCUGAGGAAAUGGGAAUUGUCGGUGCGGAUUACUACAUCAAGCAGCACAAACACGAAGAGGCGGAUCUUCAGUUCGUUAUGGAGUCUGACUAUGGUACCUUCACACCUUUGGGACUAGAGGCUAAUGGCGCACCAGCUGUUGUGUGCAUUCUUCAAAGGAUUAUGAAGCUUUUGUCGGUUAUGACCCCGUUGGAGGUUCGAACACCGGGGACUGGGCCUGAUAUCGAGGGGUGGAUCAACGCUGGGGUGCCGGGCGCAUCCCUGUGGAAUGACGCGGAGAGGUAUUUCUGGUUUCAUCAUAGCGAUGGUGAUACCAUGACUGUAGAGGACACCGGAAAUCUGGAUAUGAUCACUGCUCUUUUCGCAGCUACUUCUUAUAUUUUGGCGGACAUCGGUCUUGACUUGCCGAGGCAUCCGCCAGGGCUAGGGACUGAAUUCGGCCGUUGAUACGAGAUUAAUUACAGUUUUUUACUACUGGAAGUACAAUUUUGGGAAUCAAUAAAUAAUGAAAAGUGGUCAACUGAUGAUAA